AUGGUGAUGGCUGGCAGGAUGAAGACGAAGAUGAAUCUCAUGUGCACUGUGCUCCUCUUCCUCGCGCUGCUCAGCAUCCAGCUCCACCCGGCUGGCGGCCACGGCGGCAUCGACGACGGCGACGGGGAAGCGGGUGGCGACAGCGCGCCGGCGGUUGACAGGUCGGUGCUCCGCUCCAAGGGCCUCAUAGCCGUCAAGGUGUGGUGCUUGGUCAUCCUGCUGGUGGGCACCUUCCUCGGCGGCGUGUCGCCCUACUUCUACCGCUGGAACGAGGCCUUCCUCCUCCUCGGCACGCAAUUCGCUGCGGGCAUCUUCCUCGGCACCGCCCUCAUGCACUUCCUCGCCGACGCUACCGAGACCUUCCAUGGCCUCACCAAGAACAAGUACCCCUUCUCCUUCAUGCUCGCCUGCGCUGGGUUCCUGCUCACCAUGCUCAGCGACGUCGCCAUCGUCGCGGUCGCCAGGCGCCAGAAGAACCAGGUCAAGGAGGAGGGCGGCGAGGUUGACGGGGUGGAGUCAUCACCCGCGCACGGGAAGCACCCGAUGCUCAUGGCCACCGCGGCGUCGUCGUUCGAGGACGCGAUCCUCCUCAUCGUUGCGCUCUGCUUCCACUCCAUCUUCGAGGGGAUAGCCAUAGGCGUCUCAGCGACAAAGGGUGAGGCGUGGAGGAACCUAUGGACGAUCGGGCUCCACAAGAUCUUCGCGGCGGUGGCCAUGGGCAUCGCGCUCCUCCGGAUGAUCCCCAAGCGCCCGUUCCUAAUGACGGUUGUCUACUCAUUGGCUUUCGCUGUGUCUAGCCCACUAGGCGUGGGAAUCGGUAUCGCCAUCGACGCCACAGCUGAGGGUUCAGCAGCUGACUGGACCUACGCGAUAUCCAUGGGUAUCGCCACGGGGGUUUUCAUCUAUGUCGCUGUUAACCACCUCAUGGCCAAGGGGUACCGUCCACAGCAACCAAACUAUUUUGACAAGCCCAUCUUCAAGUUCUUUGGCGCACUUGCUGGCGUUGCUGUCAUGGCCGUUGUCAUGAUAUGGGACUGA